CAGGAUCGUAAGAAUAUGGACAACUGCUUGAGACGCUUGAAACAGGAGCUGCUCUCCAUGAAAGAGGCAGGGGAUGGGCUCCAUGCUCAGAUGAACUCCAUGAUGGGUGCCCUGCAGGAACUGAAACUGCUGCAGGUUCAGACCGCUCUGGAACAGCUGGAAAUCUCCAAUAAGUCAAGUUUGGUAAUCCCUCAAGACACACAAUCACAUAGGCCCUUGGAUCAGCAGGUUUUAGAUCAGCAGCUGAUGGAGCAGACCUCAAGGGGACUGAGUCAAAAGGCCAUACCAGUCUCAGGGAAAUUAAGUCAGACGGUCCAGUCGUUCUCAAGAGAAUCGAGCCCAAGUCCGACUGCCCUCCAAGUAGAACCAAUGCUGCUCUUUACCAGCUCCCCUGUGGAAGACCAUGGUCCUCCUUCACCCAGAAUGCCCAGGCAUCAGGGACCCAGACAAGCUCUGCACAGGGGCAGCCUUAGCACACAACCCUCCUUCUCCAGCUCCGAAGAUGACAGCCUUCCAAUCGAUCAUCGCUAUUCACAAGAGAGCACCACCAUGUGGGAUGUGCCCCUCAGUCCCAUCUCAGGAAUGCCGUUGGAGGAAACACAGCCACAUUUCUACCCACUUCAGAUGGCAGAGCUACAGGGGAUUCUGGACAGUCUCUCUCGAGAAGGUCCUUCCAUCGACAGCGACUUCUCCCAAGACGAUCCCAAUGACUCUGGUGACUGGACAUCUUCGCUUAUGAACCUCAGCCGCAACCGACAACCCCUAGUCCUGGGAGAUAACUUCUUUGCCGACCUGGUGGGUAAUUGGUUGGACCUGCCCGAGCUGGAGAGCAGGAUUACAGGGGAUGGAGAGGCAGGCGAAAGUCUGGGAGAGGGAGCCCACCCACUCAGACUUAGCCGCUCUCAGGAGUUCUGCAGGAGGCUCUCCUUGACAACCAACAUCUUCAAGAAGGUUUUACGCAGCGUUCGACCCGAUAGGGACAAACUCCUUAAGGAGAGGCCUGGAUGGAUGCCUCAGGAAGAGGAAGAAGCUGAGCUCCUCAAAAGGCCAAAGAAUAAAAAAGUAUCUAAACCUAAAGGAACUUUUUACUGGCCCUUCAGGGCACGCACCAAUGGACAGAAGAGCAAAAGUAGACCAGCUCAAGGGCCCUCUCAAGAACAAUGUAUGAACUCAGAGGUUCACGUUGGCCAAGGGUGGUCAGAGACUGUAAAGAAACACCAACCUAUAUUUGACUACAGUUCAGCCAUCUGGGUUUAG